AUGACUACGAGUUGCUCCACAUUCGCCCCGGUUGCCGACAUCCUCAUCAACACGGCCGUCGUGAUUUUUGUCUCAGACACUGUCUUGCGUUGGCUUCAAGGGGACGCUGAAAUCGACAAGAUUGAAGUGCCGGCCGGCGUUGACAGCAAUUUCGACUUCUUUUUUAAACCCCUGAUGAAGAAGAUGACACCGGAAUUGGGAUUGAUCGAUCGAACAUAUGACGGAAUGGAGCUCAUUUUAAGGACUAGCGAUGGGCAAGCUCUCAUCACAUAUUUGGAUAAGCGGGACGGCGCGUUGGUGCUAAUCAGAUGUGAAUACAAUUUUAGGCGAGGUCGCUGCCUUGGAAGUUACGAACGAAAUCAUGAGGCGCUGAACAGGAUUCGUAUUUUGUUGAGCGAAUGGCAAAUCUGCGAAGAGCGCUGGCCGGGCCUGAUCGUCGAACUUCCGGAGAAGUUGAAGGAGGAAUGCAUCGAGUUCAACGAGUACAACAAGGGCGCUACGGAAAUGGACUUGAUGACGGAUGCGAUUUGGCGUCCAAUAGCGAAGCGACGUUCGCCGUGGGGAUGCUACGGAAACGCGACAUUUCGGGAUGCCACUUUUCCGUUAGAACUUGCCGUUCGUCACGCCUACCAAUUCACAAAAGCGUUCGAAGAGAGAGGUGUACUCCCAGAUGUCGAUGAAUUCAAACCAGCUAAAGAAGCAGAAAUCGUCACACGGAAUGCGAUAUCG